AUGGAUGAAAUCCAGCCUGGCGAGCCUAAUCUGAACGGAGAAUCGAGGGACGUUCUACCAAGAGAUAGGCAAUUGAAGACACCUACAUACGAUUAUGCGUUCGAAAAGUCUAUGAGCCAUGCAGAAGCCAAACUAUUCUAUCAAAAUCACUCGAAUACUCCGGCUAAUAACCAAGCUGUCGGCAUUAAUCCCGUUCACUUUCCGGUUUCUGGUCAAACCGGGCCUCCUUCGUUAUCCGAAGAGGUUCACUCUGCUAGUGAUAUUCUUGGGGCUUCCAGUGGCAUGAUGAACUUGAAUUCUGAUAGCGACACGGUUACUUCGGAGUUGAAUACCAUAUGUCGCAAGAUCCGGGGUUUGCUGGACUUGAGAUCAAAAUACAUCAACUUAUCUCUACAAACGCUCAAAGACAACCCCAAUAAUCGUUCGGAUUGGACGAUAUAUCCACCACCACCAGAACCAGCCUGGGGCGAAGACAAAGAGACUGCCAGGAUCAACAAUGAAUCUCAUCCGGACCAAAGAAGGAGAAAAAUGGGUGAAAAUAUUGGUGAAGACUUUCACUUAAAUGAGUGCAUGCCGCUACCGGGAGAGUCUGACUGGGUCUUCAAGUUAGAUGAGGGCAGCGUUUACCAACUUUACGAGAAUUUGAGUGCUGCCAAACAAGGAGUUCCUGUGGUCAAAAUCCCAUCUUUGAGAGACUUCUACAUGGAUCUUGAUGCGGUCACUGAUGUGUCAACUGAUGGGCCGGCAAAGAGCUUUUCAUUCAAGCGCCUUUCGUACUUGGAAGGAAAGUUUCAGCUCUAUUCACUCUUGAAUGAGUAUCAAGAAAUUACGGAUAGCAAGAAAGUGCCUCACAGGGAUUUCUAUAAUGUGCGGAAAGUUGACACCCAUGUUCAUCACUCAGCAUGCAUGAAUCAGAAACAUCUACUUCGCUUCAUCAAAAGCAAGAUGAAGAAGUCGCCGGAUGAAGUUGUUCUUUUCAGGGAUGGUAAGCAUCUAACACUUAAAGAGGCACAUACGGAUUCGUUUCAUCGAUUUGACAAAUUCAAUCUUAAAUAUAACCCAGUUGGGGAGUCCCGACUGCGAGAGAUUUUCUUGAAAACCGACAAUUACAUCAAGGGGCGCUAUCUUGCUGAGAUAACUAAGGAAGUUAUCUCUGAUCUUGAAUCAAGCAAGUAUCAAAUGGUCGAAUGGCGCAUCUCUAUAUACGGAAGGUCGCUUCAAGAAUGGGACAAACUCGCAGCCUGGGUAGUAGACAACAAAUUAUUCUCUCCAAACGUUCGUUGGCUUAUCCAAGUUCCUCGACUAUAUGAUGUCUACAAAUCAAGCGGUAUGAUGGAAAAUUUCGAGCAGGUGAUCACGAACGUUUUUCAGCCACUAUUCGAGGUUACGAAGGAUCCGAGCAGCCAUCCUAAAUUGCAUAUUUUUUUGCAACGUGUGGUCGGCUUCGAUAGUGUUGACGAUGAGAGCAAGGCCGAACGUCGUCUGUAUAGGAAAUAUCCCAUUCCUAAAGAGUGGAACACGAAACAGAACCCACCAUACACUUAUUGGAUCUAUUUCAUGUUCGCCAACAUGGCUUCCCUCAAUAUUUGGCGACAGCGGCGUGGUUUCAAUACGUUUGUCUUGAGACCACACUGUGGCGAGGCCGGAGAUCCCGACCAUCUUGCCGUCGGCUUUCUUUGUUGCCAUAGCAUUAGUCAUGGUAUCUUACUCCGGAAGGUCCCAUUGCUGCAAUAUUUGUUCUACCUUGACCAAAUAGGCAUUGCGAUGUCUCCCCUGAGCAACAACGCGUUAUUCCUAACGUAUGACAAGAAUCCAUGUGCCCAUUUCUUCAAAAGAGGCUUGAAUGUGUCAUUAUCUACAGACGAUCCGCUACAGUUUGCGUUCACAAAAGAACCUCUGAUUGAGGAAUACUCUGUAGCAGCGCAGAUCUACAAGUUCAGCGCGGUGGAUAUGUGUGAGCUAGCUAAGCAUUCCGUCGAGCAGUGCGGUUUCGAACUCCCGUUGAAGGAAAGGUGGCUUGGCUCGAACUGCUCUUUGGCUGGGGUUGCGGGCAACAAUGUUGCAAAGAGUAACGUGCCUGAUAUCCGAGAAGCAUUCCGACACGAAACACUGAUUGGGGAGCUGGCAUUGUAA